AUAUUGAUGAAUGCGAGCGAGGAACUCAUAGCUGUAAAGUAAACUUCGUUUGUCAGAAUACAGAAGGAUCAUUCUACUGUGAGUCGAAGCAACGCUGCAUGGAUGGAUUUUUACAGGACCCUGAGGGAAACUGCGUUGAUAUUAAUGAAUGCACAUCUCUCCCUGAGCCGUGUAAACCAGGAUUCAACUGCAUCAAUACCGUUGGGUCUUACACCUGCCAACGGAACAUGCUGACGUGCAGCAGAGGCUACCACUCCAAUGAGGAAGGAACGCGAUGCAUCGAUGUGGAUGAAUGUCAAACUGGUGUACACCGUUGUGGCGAAGGGCAGAUUUGUCAUAAUCUUCCCGGGGCGUAUCGCUGUGACUGCAAGAUGGGCUAUCAGUACGAUGCGUUCAGCAGAAGCUGCAUUG